UCACUCUGGGCUGUGUGGCUGCCUAUGGAGUGUGUGUGUGUGAGUGUGUCCUCCCAGGGGCAAACCCGGGUUGGCCGCGCGUGAAAAGGCCUCGUCGUGUGUGAAAGAGCGACAACGGGAGGGAAGGAAACUUGGCAGCGGGGCCGCGGAGGGAGGGAAAGAGGCUGCGUACGAAGCGGGAAGCCAAGGCAGCAGCCGCGGAGGAGGCGGUGGCGGCGGCAACAACGGCCCUCCCUUCAUGCCGUGUCAUACGGGCAAGCCCGGCCCCUCCUCCGGCGGCGAUAACAACCCCUCGGCUGGCUGCGCCUGGCAGUGAGUGGAGGGGGGGAGGCAGCAGGAGCACCCAAAGUGAGCGUGAGCGACGGGCUGGCCGGCAGGCGGGGUGACCGCCCGCUCCCCUCACGUUCCCCGUCCUCCCGAGACUGCCGCGCCGCCGCCCUCUCCUCCCCCUCCGCCCGCUCUCUGGUUCCCGCCGCGCCACCAGGCCUGUGACUCUCCGAGCCCGCACCCUGCUCGGCCCGGCCUGGCCCGGCCGCUGCCCUCCUGCAUGUCUUUACUGCCCUCAGCCCCGCCGCCUGAGCAGCCGCCUCAGCCCCCUCGACAGACGCCCAGGCUGCUGGAUGCAGACUAACAGGGAUGCCAAAGGAAAAAUAUGAUCCUCCAGAUCCUCGCAGAAUUUAUACCAUCAUGUCAGCAGAGGAGGUAGCCAAUGGGAAGAAGUCCCAUUGGGCAGAAUUGGAAAUCUCGGGUAGAGUGCGGAGCUUAAGUACAUCACUUUGGUCACUAACGCACUUGACUGCUCUCCACCUCAAUGACAACUAUUUGACUCGCAUUCCGCCUGAUAUUGCCAAGCUUCAUAAUCUGGUUUACCUGGAUCUCUCAUCCAACAAACUCAGAAGUUUACCAGCAGAACUAGGAAACAUGGUAUCUCUCAGGGAGUUGCUUUUAAACAACAAUUUGUUACGAGUUUUGCCUUAUGAACUUGGACGGCUCUUCCAGCUACAAACACUAGGUUUGAAAGGCAAUCCUUUAUCGCAAGAUAUUCUCAGCCUGUACCAGGACCCAGAUGGGACACGGAAAUUAUUGAACUACAUGCUUGACAAUCUAGCAGUUCAUCCAGAGCAGCUGCCUCCAAGGCCAUGGAUUACAUUAAAAGAACGAGACCAAAUUCUGCCCUCAGCUUCAUUUACCGUCAUGUGUUACAAUGUGUUGUGUGACAAAUAUGCCACCCGACAGCUCUACGGCUACUGCCCGUCCUGGGCAUUAAAUUGGGAAUACAGGAAAAAGGGAAUCAUGGAGGAAAUUGUGAACUGGGAUGCAGAUAUCAUUAGUCUUCAGGAAGUAGAAACUGAGCAAUACUUCACCCUCUUCUUGCCAGCAUUAAAAGAGCGUGGUUAUGACGGAUUUUUCUCUCCAAAGUCACGUGCCAAAAUCAUGUCGGAGCAGGAGCGAAAACAUGUGGACGGUUGUGCAAUAUUUUUCAAAACUGAAAAGUUCACAUUGGUGCAGAAGCACACAGUGGAGUUCAACCAAGUGGCGAUGGCAAACUCUGAAGGAUCGGAAGCGAUGCUGAAUAGAGUGAUGACAAAGGACAAUAUUGGAGUUGCUGUAGUGUUAGAGGUGCACAAGGAACUCUUUGGGACAGGUAUGAAGUCACUUCAUACAGUGGACAACCAGCUGCUUAUUGUAGCAAAUGCCCAUAUGCAUUGGGACCCUGAAUAUUCAGAUGUAAAACUUGUCCAGACUAUGAUGUUUGUCUCUGAACUGAAAAGUAUUCUUGAGAAAGCCUCUGGCAGAUCUGGAAGCCCGACCGCGGAUUCAAAUUCCAUCCCUCUGGUGCUGUGUGCAGAUCUUAAUUCACUGCCUGAUUCAGGUGUUGUGGAAUACUUAAGCAAUGGAAUCGUAGCUGACAACCAUAAAGACUUCAAGGAGUUGCGGUAUAAUGAGUGUCUCAUGAACUUCAGUGGCAAUGGGAAGAACGGGGCUCCUGAAGGAAGGAUCACGCAUGGCUUCCAGCUAAAGAGCUCCUAUGAAAACAACUUGAUGCCUUAUACUAAUUACACCUUUGAUUUCAAAGGUGUGAUUGACUACAUUUUUUAUUCCAACACUCACAUGAACGUGCUUGGUGUCCUGGGGCCUUUAGAUCCUCAGUGGCUGGUUGAGAACAACAUCACUGGGUGCCCCCACCCUCACGUCCCCUCAGACCACUUCUCACUGUUGACACAGCUUGAGCUCCACCCUCCGUUCCUGCCUCCUGUCAAUGGCAUCCACUUGCCUACCAGGAGGUAGAGGAGCCCUGCCCCUUUUGAGGGCCGGGGCCGACCUGUCUGUUUAUGGACCUGUACAGUUGUAAAUCAAAGUAUGUAGGAGUGAAGUAUGGCCGACCUUUUGAAAGCUGCUGCUUCAGGCUCCUUUUCAUUAUGUGUUUUGAUGAUACGAUUUUGCACAUUUUUUGGGUGCAUAUUGGUACCAUUUGGCACUAGGGCUGGAACCAAAGUUGUUGUUUGUUCCUUUCCAGGUUUUUGUUUUUAAGAAAAAGAGAGAGAGAGAGGUGUACCUGUAUUUUAAACUGGCAAGCUUUGUUGGUUUCAUUGGGAAAGCUGCCUUUCUAAAUGGACAAAUCAGAUGGGAGGAUUUGAGUUCACGUAUACAUCCAUAGCAUAUGCUUCAUUUCAGAUUGUAAAGCUAUGCCUCCCCCUCCCCUCCUCCAGCCUCCUCCCCCCCCCCCCCCGGCCUGUUUUUAAAGCGUCCUGAAAUAGAGUAGAUAUAAUUGAUGUUGGGGAAAGUUUAUAAUUGGAAAAAGCACUUGCUGUUUUAGUAAAUUAUUAAUAGUACACCCUGCUGUCCCCUCUCCUCCCCUCCCGACUAAAGUAUCACAUUUAAUUUAGAAAGCCAAAAGUGGUGAAAGGCCUGUGUGUAACUUUCUGUCACAGAAAAAAAAAAUACACUUUUCCAUUGGAGGGUUCACAUGGGAGCAUCUCAGUGCCUAUAGGGCUCCCCACCUGCUCCUGCUCCUGAAAUAUAUCCUAUUUGAGUAUGUGUGUUGCACCCUGCACAAGCCCCUCCAAAGCGAUGGAGCUUGAUUGUAGCAGGAUAGCUUUUUGUGCCUGCAGAUCUCUGGUCUAGUGAACUACUGGCAGCGGUGUUCAUGGAACUGGCAACUGCCGGUUUAAAGGUGGGUGGGAGGUGGAUAGCUUUAAGGACCAGGGAGGGUGCUCUUAAACCACUCCCUGGUGCAGUUUUCCCCACCAGCACUGUUUCUAAAAAUGGUCCCGCAGGGCAGCAGCGUACCUUCUUGCCACCUUGGUGUACAUCGGACUGGAAGUGCCUGGAGUGCGUGCGCAUGGAGGCAUGCUGCCACCCUGCAGGACCAUUUUUAGACACCGCGCUGGUGGGGGAAAUGUGCCCAGGGGUGCAGUUUAAGAGCACCUCCCUGGUCCUUAAAGCUAUCCCCCCACCCCCGAACCUGUCAAACUGCUGGACUUUCAAACCAUUUUGGAGGUCCGUAAAAGGGCCUCCGAACCGGUUUGUGCACCUCCCUAAUGACUGGGUCCCUGUUGUUUAAUUGCAGAAAGGACAAGUUGCUCCAUAGUUGACAGUGGGAAUGCUCUAAUGACACUUGAGGUAUUCGAUUGCUGGAUUGCAGCCAUGGUCCUCUCUGUUGGGAGAGUGUAACUGGUAUCAGUCUCUUGUAGAACCCUGAAAGUGUAUGUGUGUGUUAUGAAUUUGACCACAUUUUGAGAGGCCCAGCAAAGAACAUUGACAGAUGAUUGAGGAGGAGAGAAACUGAGUUAAAUUGGAGCAGGAUUUUGAAUUGUAAAUAGUGCAGGGCAGGGGCAAGAAUUCUUGGGUUUUGAUGUCACAAAGUGCAAAUACCUUCUAACUCUAUCUAUAAGUUCUUCUCCCCCUGCCCACCCCUUCUAAAUUACAAUCUCCCUCUCUUCUCCCUCCCAUCCUCUGGCCUCAGAAACAACCCUUCAUAAUUAUUCAGCCAACAGCGCCACACGAUGGGGGGAGGGGGCCAUGGAGAUGAUUUUGCUUCAGCCUCUUGUGCAUUUUCCUUGCCACUCCAAGAUGAGCAUUUUCCUCAUCUCUCCAAGAUGACAAAGUGGUGGCUAUAAUCAUUCUGUAAAUUUGUUUUUCCUGACCCUAGUCGCCAAAUAGCCAUCUCAUGCUUUUAACAAUCCUUUUUGCUUGUUGUUUGUUAUCAAGGUUUAAUUCUCACCCCACCCUGCAAAAGAUGCUGGUUCAUUCCUAAUGGUUGACGGCUCUUUUAAAAAAAUGUGUUGGCAAUAUUUUUUCUUCUGUGCUCCAGGUGGCUAUUUGGAAAACUUGGCACCUCCAAGAGAGCAGAAACCUCUUAAUACCAUCUCCUUGGAAGGCUGUGCCUGCCGUCUACCCAAGACUGCUGAUGAGCAACCCCUGUUCUCUUUGGUGAAGCCUGGGUGGGAUUCAUUCACAGUCCACUGAAAUAAUCAGUAAAAGGGUGCUUAACCACCACCACCACUCUUUAGUGGAUUGAGCCGUGCAUCAGGUUUCAAACAACAGCAACAAAGGCACAAUAACAAGGAAAGGUUGUGUCUGUGUUCUUAAGUUUUCCUGUAUUCUGCUUCUUUGCUGCUAUAUGAGAUUUCUUGAGCUUAUAUUUUAAACUUUUCAUGCACUUUACUGUUUCUAGUCUCAAAAUGUGAUAUUUUUAAUAAAUGAGAUUUUUUUCCAUUAUGUGAAUGAAAAUUUUUAAAGAGCCUAUAUUUGUCUCAUUCAUACACUUAAAAAAGGAAAAUAAAAAAGAGUAAAAUGGUUAAUUUAAUUUUAAAUCCUAAGGCACAACUGUCGUGUUAAAAUGUAUACAUUUUAAAGCUGCCCCCCCGCCCCUUCCAUGUACGCUAGCUGUGUAUAAAAUAUCAAAGGAAAUUGAAUCAGGCUACUGUUUGGCGGGGGGGGGGGGAAUCUCCUUUUUUGUUGUGGCUUUUUUGUUAUGGGGUUGGAGGUGGGAUGAGGGAGGAGUUGAAAUAGUUGCUUCAGUGAAGACUAAAAUUCCCUUUCAAAAGUGCCUACAGCUGGGGAGGCUUUUGUCUUCAUUAACGGGAAGCUACAUAUUGUGUGACAAUUCAAGAUGGGACUACACUAGACACGUAACAUGGGGGUCUGUUGAAAAUGGCAGCCCUAGGCAUCUUCCCUCCCUUCUCCUCCCACCAUAAACUUUAGUGGAGAUCACCCUACAUCCUGCAGUAAUUUUGAUAGGUUUCAUCAUCAUCAUCAUCCUCCCCACUCCACAUCAUUGGCUUCCUCUGGCAGAAGCAGCGUGGGGGGUGGGGAAGAUGCUUAGCAUUAUGGUCCUGGGACAGCUGGGCUAGAUGGAAAUGAAGAGAGCUUGGCUCGGGGCUGCCAUUUCUGACAGCAACUCUGUUUCUGAUAGCAUGUAGUUCCGCCCUUAGUGUCAAUUGCUCAUGAUAAGUUUUCUAAAAAAAAAUUCCCUCUUCUCCCCCCCCCAACUUCCUUGAUGCAGGUAUCUCUUUUUAUAUACCUCAGAAGUGUUACGUACGUGGCCAUGUAUAUAUAAAUUGACAAAAGCAAUUAUAAUAUAGUACUGGAAAGUAGAAUAGCAUGAAAAAACUUAAUUUUGUGGACAUUCUUCUUCUUUUUCUUAUUUUGUGAAGGGCACAAUUUCACUAGCAAGUUCUCCUUCUGUGCAGGCCACAUAGAAAUGAACAGGGAUUGUCGGCCCCUGCCCAUUUCUAUGGGGUUUGCACAGAAAAACUCCCUAGUGAAUUGUGCUCUGGGUCAUCUACUGUAUCUUCAUUUUGGAGGCAUUUCAUCCAACCCCUCCCCCCUUUCCUGCUCUGGAGGUAUGCACUAACAAUUUUCCUCCUUUUCAUGUGCAUGUUAACUAGCAAUGUGAGCAAUAUUUCCUACCAUACUUCACUCCCAAAUAUUUUUUUGAGAUGUUUGUAUAAAAUGGAGUUUAAAAAAUUCGCCUGUGAUUGUAUAUGAACUGCAGAGGAGCCGGUUUAUUAAAUAAUAAUAAUUAAAAAAGAAAAAACAUGCAAUCUUUUGUAACAUUGUUGGGAGGGGGAAAAUGAAAUAAAAAGAUUGGGAAACAUUGUAAA